AUGUCAUUCUCCAGCCUCGUCCAAGACCUGAGCCUCCGCGACCGCGAUGGUGGUGGUAAUGGCCCUGCCCCCCGUCGUCCUGGUGCUCCUUCAGUCGCCUCCACCAUCGACGAUCGCACAUCGCACAUCUCGCGCGCCAUGUCCUACGCCAGCACCUCCGCCACGAGCGUGAGCAUCUCGGGCGACAUCUCCAGCCAGCUCCACGGUGGCUACUUCCACCCCCUGGCUCGCUCGUGGCAAGCCGAGCGCCAGCUCACAAAGUCCAUGCUCAUCUACCCCCUCUUCGUCACCGACGGCGACGACGACAUGAUCCUCGUCCCCUCCCUGCCCGGCCAGCACCAGCUCAGCGUCAACAAGCUCGUGCCCUUCCUCGAACCCCUCGUCCGCAAGGGCCUCCGCUCCGUCAUGCUCUUUGGCGUGCCCAUGAAGCCUGGCACCAAGGAUGCCCUCGGCAGCGCCGCCGACGACCCCGAGGGCCCCGUCGUCCGCGCCAUCCGCCUCAUUCGCCGUCGCUUCCCCCAGAUCUUCAUCUGCACCGACGUCUGCCUCUGCGAGUACACCUCCCACGGCCACUGCGGCAUCCUGCGCGACGACGGCAGCUUAAACAACCAGCUCUCCGUCGACCGCAUCUCCGACGUGGCGGUGGCCUAUGCCAAGGCCGGCGCACACUGCGUUGCCCCCUCCGACAUGAAUGACGGGCGCAUCCGUGCCAUCAAGCUCAAGCUGAUCGAGGAGGGCAUCGCGCACAAGACCGUUCUCAUGUCGUACUCGGCCAAGUUCUCCGGAUGUCUCUACGGUCCCUUCCGCGACGCGGCUGGCUCUGUGCCUUCGUUCGGCGACCGCAAGUGCUACCAGCUGCCUCCCGGUGGUCGCGGGCUCGCCCGCCGUGCCAUUCAUCGCGACAUUGGCGAGGGUGCCGAUAUCAUCAUGGUCAAGCCGGCGAGCCAGUAUCUCGACAUCAUCAGUGACGCCAAGGACAUUGGCAAGGAUCUGCCUGUCGCGGCGUACCAGGUCAGCGGCGAAUUUGCCAUGAUCCACGCGGGUGCCAAGGCGGGCGUUUUUGACCUGAAGACGAUGGCGUUCGAGUCGACAGAGGGUAUCCUGCGUGCUGGCGCGACCAUUGUCGUCAGUUACUUUACCCCCCAGUUCUUGGACUGGCUCGAGCACUGA